AUGUCGCACCAGCUUGGUUAUCUUCUUAUCCUUUUAGGGCUUUUCUUUCCUGAGGCCUGGGCGCAGGCACAGGUUACGACAGCAAAUAUUUACAUUCCGUUCGCUGCCGAAAACGGCGCUCUCCAGUCGGCUUUAAGAGCCAGCAUCGUGUCCAGUAAGGACAAGACGACAGUCUUUGCGGCCACAUGUACCGCCGGGCCUUGUACGGCAAUUCCCGGUGGCUCUGGAACUUUCACUUUCACCGCCGGUCCUGAAACCUUUGUCUAUUCUGCUGCACCCAACGCGCAAAGGUUCGACAACGGCUACUACAACAACAUCAGAAAGCGCCAACCUCGCGACCUUGACGCUGAAUCACGGAGUUCCAUCACCGACGCAGAGUACGUGUACGACUAA